AUGAAGAUGAGUGAGGGGUGGUAUGCCACAGAGGAAGAACCUGGACCCUCAAGACAAGUUUACUUAUUCAACAAUGUUUCCAAGCACCUGGAAAGCUUAGAGUUUUUUAGACAGUGUUUGUCCUGUUUUUUCGGCAGGGAGUCCUUGGAGACGUUAUGGUAUAGAAUAAACAGGCCUCAAAGCCACCCGGGCGCGGGCUCAAACGUCAGAAAUUCCUUUACAUACAGAGUGCCCUGUCCGGAAAAACAUCCCCCAGCGCGGCCGGAGCUACUUUUAAUCCACGCUGCUGACAGCUUGCGCGCCGACUGGGACGGGCUUUUGCACGCUGGGGAGGACUGGCUUGCGCACAGGGAGGGGGGGGGGCUGAGGGCUGGGGGAGGAGAUCGGAAGGGGAGAGGUAAUCCCCGGAGUUCUGAGCAUCCCCUUUUUAGAAAGACUGAGUCUCUCCCGGGACAGCUGCUGCGGUCACACCACAAACUUAAAAGCCGCCCUCCCGCUCCGAGCGUGCCUUUCCUCGCCACCCUCGCCUCCCCACAGCUCCAGCUGGUGCCUGGCUCCGCGCCGCUCCCGGCAGGGCGCUUGGGGGGCAGCAGCGCCCCCUGCCUCCCGGCCUGGCCUCUGCGGCCGCAGCCUCCACGCUCCGCCAGGGCCGCCGGCGGCUCCGCGGCUCAGCCAGGGCUGCGGCUCAGAGGAGGUCGCGCCGGUGUCCCGUGUCGCCACCUCGCACGCCCACCGCCUGCAUCCCCUUCCUCUCUCCCGGAAAAGACAGCGGGCACAGAGAGAGGACGAGAAGAGUUCGCGGCAGGUAAAGCUGGGUGAUGGAAAGUAGAUACUGUACAACAAUGUGGAAUGGAAGAGAUCAUGGGGCAAGCGAAAUGAACCACCACCAACUACACCAAAGGCUGGUCUUCAUCCAAAGAAGGCAAUGUUGUGUAAAUGGUGGGAUUGGAAGGGAGUCCUCUAUUGUGAGCUCCUUCCGGAAAACCAAAUGAUUAAUUCCAACAAAUACUGCUCCCAAUUAGACCAACUGAAAGCGGCACUUGACGAAAAGCAUCCAGAAUUAGUCAACAGAAAAUGCAUAAUUUUACAUCAGGAGAAGGCAAGACCGCAUGUUUCUUUUAUGACCAGACAAAAACUGUUACAGCUUGGCUGGGAAGUUCUGAUUCAUCCGCCAUAUUCACCAGACAUUGCACCUUCAGAUUUCCAUUUAUUUAGGUCUUUACAAAAUUUUCUUAAUGGAAAAAAUUUCAUUUCCCUGGAAGACUG